AUGGGUGUUAGGAGACUACGUUUCACACAGAUUGGAGGAGUUUCGUUAUUAAUACUCGUAUUAUUGUAUCAAUCAACGUUCAUCUCGUGCGCAAACCUUUCGAGCUUUCGAGCUUUGUUUGUUCGUAUGCCACAAAUGCACCUGUCAACAAUUCCCGUCAAAACUAUACGGAACUCCUCAGUUGAAGCAUGCGCAGAACUGUGUGUACGGGAAGUGGAAUUCGAAUGUAUGUCAUUCGACCUGGAUAAUACUAUUGGAAGUUGUCGAUUACAGAACCACACUCACGAAGAACCAUUCGUUACCCUUCAGGUGUCUACAUUCGCCGAUCAUUACAGAACGGCCUAUGAAAAGUUAUUUAAUCGAAUUCCAAACCACGUGGUGACUUUUGAACAUAAACGGAAAAUUCCGGAUCUGACAGUGGAAGAUUGUGCUCGUCGAUGUAUAUUAGAAGUGAACUUCCGUUGCCAGGGAUUCGAUUAUGAAGUUCGCCAAAGGAACUGUUGGCUGUCUGACCUGACACCUAAAGAUUCCGGCGGAGUAAUUAUCCUGCCAGGGACGGACUUUUACGAAAGAAUAUCAAAUGGUCCCAUGGAAAAGUUUGUAAAUUUUGGAUAUGGAACUUUACAGCAAAUUGAAGGAAUUCAAGUUUACAACAAAAUCAUACUUGGCGUUACGUUGGACGCAUGCGCGCAGUUGUGUUUGGCGGAAACUUCCUUCCGAUGUUACAGUUUUGACUAUGUUUUUAAUGAUGAUUCGUGUCACAUGAGUCAGUAUAUAGCAGCGAAUGUGCACGGGGUCAGUACGUCUUUCUCUGAAGAUUUCAAGUCAAUGCAUUUUGAACUCAAAGAGGAAUACCUGGAGAUGUUUUACCCUACGCCGUACUCCGCCGUUCUUGGUAACAACGAAAAAACAUUCAAGCGGGUGACGCCAAACAACUGUGCAAGAAAAUGUCUACAGGAAAGCGAUUUCGUGUGUCGCUCCUUCGACUAUCAGAUUCAAGAUGGCACAUGCUUGCUCGGCACCAAGACGGGAAGUGACGUUGGCGGAUUGAUAAGUCAUGGAUUUGCACAAGUACAUCACUUCGAAAUGAAACCUUUCUUAGAUUGUGGAGGAGUCUUUUACGCAUCCGAGGGUAACUUCGCCUCUCCCAAUUGGCCAAGGAACUAUUACCACAAUAUGGAAUGUUCUUGGCAAAUCACGGUCCCGAAAUUUCGUAUUAUAAAAUUAGAAUUUUCUCAUUUCGACCUUGGUCGUCAUGAUAAUGAUGAAUGUGAGGAAGCUGACGAUAAACUCGUGAUAAUCGAUAAGGCCGAUGUUGACCUUGAUCAUCGUCGCAAGGUCAUGUGCAGUGUACCGAAGCAGAGUUCCUACAUUAGUUUAUCGAACAGUUUAAAUGUCACAUUUAUUUCUAACGCAUUCCAGGAUGCCAUGGGCUUCCGAGUUUUCUUCCAUACAGAUUGGCCCUGUGGAGGAACACUAACUGAGGAUAAUGGAAUGAUUUCCUCGCCAAACUGGCCAAACAACUACGCUCCUUCCACGUCUUGUCAGUGGAAGAUUGUGGCUCCCAAAGGAGCCAAAAUAUACCUCAACUUUCUCUCAAUGGAUUUAGAGAGACAUAUGAAUGGACCUUGCCGAUUAGCAUACGACCUCAUAGAGGUUUUCGACGGCGAUUCAGACUCGUCUCCGACAUUAGGAAUUUAUUGUGGACGCCGUAACAAAAAGACAGUUACGUCAUCAAAUGAUGUAUUGUUUAUCACAUUCCAUACGGACGACAGGGUUCAAAGGAAGGGCUUCCACGCAGUGUACAAAUUUAUUCAUAUCCCUACGCCUACCACUUCCAUCCCAUCAUCCAUUGACCAAACUACCUCACAUCCCUCCUCCCAAGAAACAAGUGCCUCAGUAGACUCUAGCCAGGAGACCACUGGUCAUUACAAUGUGUCUUACAACACAACCCCAUCUUCAUCUGUGUCAGAAAAUAAUAAAACAGUCAUCACCCUUGGUUUAGCAGCCAUGUUUAUUGAGCCGAGGCGGCGCCCCUCACCAACAGAAAAGUCAGUCGAAGAAGCACUAAUAGUUACCACAGAAACGGGAGAAAAGUUUGAUGAUUAUGAUGUCACACAUGAGAUCCCGGAAGUUGUGACGAUAGAACCGGAUUUACGUCACGUCAUCCUCAUUCUCGUCAUUACUUUCUUCGUCCUCUUUAUGACCCUCCUUGUCAUUUUAAUCGUCGUUUGUCGACAUUACAGGAAAAGAAUUCCUAAGAGGCGAAACGUGACCAACUUUCCUUUCACAGAAGAGAGUGUAUCACUCUAUGACAAAGACAAUAAUGCGAAUGACCAAGCCGAUAGAGGGCAGGAUGAUGACUCCGAUAUCAAUUUACCACAACCAAGCCCGUGUGAUCCUCCACCGGAUGUGACCUUUUGUAACCCUUUGUAUGAACAGAGAACAUCACAGUCGGUUACAGCCCAGACUAACACCGAAAGUACAGAAAGCAAUUCCAGUACAUGUUGA